AUGGGUUGUUCUGAAAAAAUUGGAAGAAUUCCAUUUGCAUCAUUGAUAGCCACCAUCAUCUGCUUGGCUGGGAUUGGAGUGUUUUGUGGGACAUUGUACCAAGCACUGCACAUCUUUCUUGUACAGAUUGUUGAUGAAUUAUUUAAAUUCAAAGUUGGAUGGCUGGAAGUUCUUCAAGUUGUGUUCAUUGUUAUUGCUGUUGCAAUGGGAGUGUUGGCUGUUUUAUUGCUGAUUUUUGGCAUUCUGGCUACUGGGGAUACUCGAAAGAAUGUUUAUUCAGGGGCCAAAUGUAUCAUGGGAGGACGUGUGAUGGCUGCUUUUUUUUUGGUCCUGUCUUAUGUGCUAAACAUUGUGUGGAUGUGUAUUAUAUCUCUUGGAGUGAUUCCUAUUAUUCUGUAUGUCAGCAUUUCUUCCAUAUGUGAUCAUCAUGUCUAUGGAAAACGUGCCACUAAUAUAACGUAUUGUUUUGAUCUAUCAAAUUAUGGUUUGUUUUUGAAAGAUAAUCAUUCACCAGGCUCAUCCAGUAUUGUUUCCAAAGUGUGUUCACCAACAAAUUUAUACAGAUUGUGUGACCGGGUUGGAGAAUCUGGUUCACUAUUUUGUGUGUCCUAUGUUGGGUCAUUUCUCAUCUCUUUAGCCAUGAUUCACUUCAUGAUCAUCUUGUCUUCAAAUUACACGCGUAUUAAGAUCUCUAAAGAACUUACGGAGUACAGAGAGACAAUAGAUCAGGGGGAUCUUGAAUUUUGUAGCAUUGUGAAAAGCAAAUCAAAUCUAGGGACGUCAGGGAUUUCAAAUAAAUCAGCUGAAUGA